AUGUCGGCCUCUGCCGCGGACUGGUGGUGUAGUCUUGACGGCAUCCAGUGUGGAGGUGUUCUCUGGAUUGGCCCAACCGACUGUUGCAGCGACGACUACUACUGUCAGUACCAGAGCGAAUGGUACUCUGUCUGUGUGCCGGUGUCAGACACCUCAAAUUCUACUAGCUCCAACUCUGGUUCGUCCACUAUUUCCGGCUCGACGUCGCUUGUCUCAUCUGUCUCCAACUCCGCCGGCUCUACCAGCUUGACGCAAUCAGGUUCGACGCUUACCUCGGUGACUUAUUCUUCCGGCUCCGGAGUUAACCCAUCUUCCUCUGCCAGUUCUGCCAGCUCUGGCAGCUCUUCCACCAGCUACCGCAACUCGUCAUCGGCCUCUACGGGAUCCAGUUCCACCUUGAGUAGCCUCUCGGCCUCUAGCACGAGGUCUGCAUCCUCGACCGCCGCUUCGAGUUAUUAUUCUGCUUCGUCCAGACAGACUUCUGGCCAGACUUCUGGCCAGACAACGGUUUCCAGGUCUUCUUCAAGCCAAAGCUCAGCUUCCAGCCAGGCUUCAAACGGAUCCAGCUCUGCUAGCUCUGCUUCAAGUAAUGCCUCAAACUCUGCUACCACUGCCAGAUCUGCAUCAAGUAACGGAUCAGGCUCGUCCAGCCGUUCUAGCUCUGGCUCAGGUUCUGGAUCUAGCACUGCUACCUCAGGUUCUAGCUCUUCCAGCUCUGCUACCUCAAACUCAGGUUAUGCGUCAAGCACCGCCACCUCUAGAUCAAGUUAUGGAUCUACCUCUAGCGGCUCAGGUUCCAGUUCUUCCAGCUCUGCUCUCUGGCUCAGUUACGCAUCAAGCAGUGCUACCUCUAAUUCAAAUUCUUCCACCUCUGCUAGCUCGAACUCGGGUUAUGCAUCAAGCGCUGCCACCUCUAGCUCAAGUUAUGGAUCUACCUCUAGCGGCUCAGGUUCCAGCUCUUCCGGCUCUGCUAGCUCAGGGUCCAGUUAUGGCUCUAGCACUACCCCUGCCUCAAGCUCUUCCAGCUCUGCUGUCUCUGGUUCCAGUGCCGCCACUUCUGGCUCAAGUUAUGGAUCAAGCGCUACUGGCUCUGGCUCUAGCUCUGCUACGUCUGGCUCAGGUUAUGCAUCAAGCAGUGCUACCUCUAAUUUGAAUUCUUCUAGCUCUGCCACUUCAGGCUCAAGUUAUGCAUCAAGCACUGUCAGUUCUGGUUCGACCUCUGCCACUUCUGGUUCCAGUUAUGGAUCAAGCACUGCCAGCUCUGGCUCUAGCUCUGCCACACCAGCCUCAAGUUAUGGAUCAAGCACUGCCGGCUCUGGCUCUAGCUCCUCCAGCUCUGCUAGCUCAAAUUCAAGUUAUGGCUCUAGCUCUAGCGCUGCCACCUCUGGUUCCAGCUAUGCUUCGAGUUCCACUGGCUCUGGUUCAAGCUCUGCCACUUCUGGUUCUAGUUAUGCAUCAAGCACUGCCAGCUCUGGUUCCAGUUAUGGCUCAAGUUCCACUGGCUCCGGUUCAAGCUCUGCCACACCAGCCUCAAGUUAUGGAUCAAGCACUGCCGGCUCUGGCUCUAGCUCCUCCAGCUCUGCUGGCUCAAACUCAAGCUCAAGCUCUGGCUCUAGCUCUAGCGCCGUCACCUCUGGUUCCAGCUAUGGCUCAAGCUCUUCCAGCUCUGCUACCUCAAGUUCUAAUUCUUCAAGCUCUAGCUCAAGUUAUGGAUCAAGCACUGCCAGCUCUGGUUUGAGCUCUGCUACUUCUGGUUCCAGUUAUGGCUCAAGUUCCACUGGCUCUGGUUUGAGUUCUGCCACCUCAGGCUCAAGUUAUGGAUCAAGCACCGCAAGCUCCGGUGCAAGCUCUUCCAGCUCUAGCUCUGCCUCAAAUGCGGGCUCUAGCUCUUCCAGCCCUAAUUCAAGUUAUGGCUCCAGCACUGCCGCCUCUAGCUCAGUCUACGGAUCAAGCACUGCUACAUCUGGCUCAAGUUAUGGCUCUAGCUCUAGCUCUAGCUCUGCCUCAGCCACCUCGAGCAAUGCCGCUUCUAACGCAUCGUCUGCCUCAAGCCAGUCUUCCACUGCCUCCAACCAAGGAUCCAGUGCAUCGGCUACCAGCGGAACCUCUUCCGGCUCCAGCUCACAGAUUUCCGGCUCCUCGUCUGGCUCCACUCAGUCGACCUCAGGACUUUCCAGCACUGCUAGCUACAGCUCUGUCCCGGUGACCUCAAGCCAAGCUAGCUCAACUGGUUCUAGUGGAUCCUCAGCUUCCACCUCGUCCGGCUCUGCAGGCAGCACUUCUGCCAGUGGAGCAUCCAAUGCAUCUAGCGGAGCAUCCAGCGGUGCAUCCAGCUACGGUGCUUCGAGUGCAAGCUCUACUUUAUCAUCCAGUGGUACUUCUGGAAGCUCCAGCGCUCCAAGCAGCAGAGUUUCUGCUUCAUCGGCUAGUGCUGGAUCCUCGUCUUACCGGAGCUCCAGUACUUCCAGCGGAGUCUCCAGCCAGAACAGUGCAACUUCUGGCCAGAACUCUGCUUCUAGUGCAACCAGUGCAACGAGUGGUUCGAGCGGUUCUAGCGGUUCUAGUGGCUCCAGUGUCCUGAACACCAGUUCAUACGCUUCCAGCUCUACCAGGGCCUCAAGUGUCGCUUCUGGCACCACAGGCACAUCCAGUGCUUCUAGCCAAGCAGCCAACACUUCUGGCACUGCUUCCAGUGGCAGCUACAGCAGUGCGUCUGGCUCUUCGAAUGCUGGCACUGGCCAAUCAAGCAGUGCUUCCACUUCGGCUGGCUCCUCUGGCUCCUCUGGCUCUUCCAGGACCAGCGGCACUUCUAAUGGCAGCAGUGCUAGUGCAACCAACUCUAACCAAAGUCAGUCUGGCGCCUCCAGCCGCACCCUUGGUCUUUCGUCUGUUGUCUCUAAUACUCAAUCCAGUGGAACCUCCAGUGGAGCCUCAAGUGGGGCCACCAGUGGAGCCAGCAGCGGAGCCAGCAGUGGAGUUUCCAGUGGCGCUUCCAGCAGCUCAUCUGGAGUCUCUAGCCGACUCAGUGCUACUUCGAGCGGAUCCUCUGGCAUCUCUACUUCAUCUGGCAGCUCUGGUGCAUCCAGCAAUGCAUCUAGUGGCUUCUCCACUGUGACAGCUUCUGGCUCCAGCUCUGCAACCGGUGCUUCUAGCCUCACAUCUGCUCAGAGCGGAGCUUCCAGCCAAAACUCGGCCUCGAAUACUUCCACCACUAGUCGGGCGUCAAGUGUCUCCAGCUACAGCAACACCAGUGGAGCCAGCCAAAGCGGUGCUUCCAGUGCUACAAGUGGUGCCUCCAGUGCCAACUCUAGCCAAAGUACGGCAUCAAGUGGAGUGUCGAGCUACAGCAGUGCCUCGAAUGCCAACUCUAGCCAGACCACCGCCUCCUCUGGCUCCAACUCUGCUUCCUCGUCUGGCCAAACCUCGUCUGGCCAAAACUCUUCCAGUGCCGGCAACACCUCUGCCAGAGCCUCCAGUACGGCGGGCACCUCUCAAUCAGCUAGCCAGCCUGGCUCCACUGCUUCCAGCACUAAUGGCCAGUCAUCUGCCGUCUCUAGCAACACGGGGGCAUCCAGUGGGGCAUCCAGUGGAGCAUCCACGUACGGCUCCAGCAGUGCUUCUGGCUCUAGCCAGAUUACUGCAACGAGCGGCGCUUCCACCUAUGGCUCCAGCUCUGCUUCAACAGGCACUUCAGGAUACAAUUCAAGCGGCUCUAGCGCAACCUCCGGAGCGUCAACUGCAACAUCCAACCAAAACAGCUCAUCCAGCAGUGCUUCGUCUAACGGUUCUAGUUCAGUUGCUGUCUCUACCGCUUCUGGCAGUGUCUCUAGUGGAUCUAGUGGAGCUUCCAGUGUUUCUACCGGCAGCUCCAGUGGUGUCUCCAGCGGUGUCUCCAGUACUGCCUCCAGCGCUAUUUCCAACAGCGCUUCAAGCCAGGUCACAGGAGUGAGUACAUCUAGUGCUGCUUCUAGUGCUUCUAGUGCUUCCAGUGCAACCUCCAGCGAUCCUAACACUGCCUCGAGCGGCUUCUCCAACUCCCUCACGGCAACGUCGAGCGGAGCGGGUAGCUCCUCCAGCAGCACCAACGGAUCUAGUGGCUCUAGCAACACUGCUUCCAGUGGUUCUAGCUACGCUUCCGGCCAGACCAGCGUCACAUCCAGCGGUUCUACUUACAGCUCUGCUUCCAGCGGCGAUCCGUCAGGCGGCUCUAGCCAAAGUACCAGUGCAUUGUCCUCUAGUGCCACCAACAGCUCUGGCCAAACCGCAACCUCAGGCCAAAGUACCAGAUCGGGCUCUAGCAGCGCAUCCAGCUCUGGCACCAGCUCUGGCACCAGCUCCGGUACCAGCGCCGCCUCCAGUCUAAGCUCUAGCUUCUCUGGCUACUUCAAUACCUCAUCCGUCGCUACUCCAACUGCCUCCUCUAGUUCCCGUACCAGCCUCAACUCGAUUACCGCCUCCUCGGCGCCAGAUUCGGCUACUAGCUCUAGUGGAUCAGUUACCAGCAGCCUGAGCAGUUCCGCUGCCACCUCCCUGACUUCCGAAUCUACAUCCGGACAACCACAGAGCUCCAGCUCGUCUGGCGCCUCAACAGGAGCCUCGUCUGGUGUGACAUCCACGGCCACGGACACUGCAUCCAGCAGCAGCUCUUCCUCAGCCACGUCAGGAAGUGGAAACGCCACAUCUCUCGCCACAUCUUCACAGGCCUCUGGCACAGACCCUGCAAGCUCGACUUCCUCUGCCACGUCCGAAAGUGGAACUGCCUGCCCAACAUGCACAUCAUCCUCUACCGUGUGCCCAACGUGCACCAGCACCGUUUGUCCUACAUGCACUUCCAGCUCUGAGAACACAAGCAGCAGCUCCGAAGCAAGCACCGUCUGCCCAACGUGCACACUGACUUCUGGCACGCAGUCGCAGACUGAGGCACAGUCCUCGCAGGCUACAAGCGGAGCUUCGACAGAUUCUGCUUCUGGAGCUUCAACGGGAGCAUCCACCGAGGCUACCUCAGCUUCGACUGAUCCUACCUCUGCGGAAAGUAGCACUGGAGCUUCGAGCGGCACUUCAACGGCAGCUGCUACGGGAGCUACUUCGGGAGCUACCUCAGGAGCCUCGUCUGAGACAUCUACGGAGUCUGCUACCUCCGCCGGCUCGAGUUCCACUGGUGCCAGCUCCACUGUCUCCAACUCCGCUUCCUCCAGCGACCCAAGCUCCACAGGCUCAGAGUCCGCAGGAUCUUCCACUAACACUGGAGGAUCCUCGACGGGCACUGGGGGACAGUCUACUGCAGGCACAUCUACAGGAAAUUCUAGCUCCUCUACUGGAACUGCUUCCACGGGAUCUGGCACGUCAUCUGCAGGCUCCUCAGAUCCUUCCGCUGGCUCUACAGAUAGCUCUGCGGGUUCUACAAACACCUCUACAGGCUCCUCCAGCUCCUCCAGCUCUUCUACUGAAUCCUCCACAGGAACCUCAAGUGACACAUCGGCCUCUGGAACAGGAACUGGAGCCUCGGGUACCUCUGGCUCGUCUUCUGGCUCUGGCACAGACCCUGCUACCUCCGGCUCGGACUCUUCGUCCCAGACGUCUGGAUCCGCAGCAUCUGGAGCUUCAAAUGUUGCUGACCCAGGAGCUUCGAACAUUGCUGACCCAGGAGCAGCUUCUAACACUGCCUCUGCUUCCAGCUCCGACCCCUCUUCUGCUGGUUCCGGAAACUCUUCCAGCUCCGCUGGCUCUGGCUCUGGCUCUGGCUCUGGCUCUAACUCUGGCUCUAACUCCGGCUCCGCUGGCAGCUCUGGCAGCUCCGCCAACUCCGAUCCAGAAAACACGGCUGCAAAUUCUCAGGCUACUGGUUCUCAGUCAUUGACUGCGGCAUCAAACACCGCGUCCGUCGCCGCCCAAGCCAACGCCCAAACCACGGCUUCCGGUACCCCUCAGAACACCUCUACACCAGCAAGUGGCUCUGCAACCGGCUCGGGCUGGGGCUCUAAUUCUACCUCGGGCUCAAGCUCUAACUCCGGCUCCAACUCCAACUCCAACUCCAGCUCCAACUCCAACUCCAACUCCAACUCCAACUCUAACUCUGGUUCCAACUCCAACGCUAGCUCCAGCUCGAACUCCAGCUCCAGCUCUGCCUCUGCCUCUGGCGCUGGCUCCGGCUCAGGCUCAGGUUCCGGCUCAGGCUCCGGCUCCGGCGCCAGCUCAGGCUCGUCCUCUGCGCAGACAACUUCGUCUGCUGCUUCCGGCAGUGAAACUUCUCACUCUGCCAGCCAAUCUACCCUCUACACCAGCACGGUCUCAAGCAGUGCGUCUGGCUCUUUCACCACUGCCAGCUCGGUGGCCACUUUCGAAGACAUGAAUCUCUCCACAGAUAUGGCUCUAGCCGGUGCCAAGAAAUUUCUGCGAACACUGGCUCAGCCAGUAGAACCGAAGGACCAGGAACAGGGCAUUAGUGUCUGGACCCUGAACCAGAUGGAAAAAUACCAAACAGAACCCUUUUCGGUGACCAAAAUCGAGAUCCUGAGUUAG